AUGCCGCCGACGUCCCCGAGGCUACGCUAUUGCGAAGUCCACGGUUGCGACCACGUCAUUGCCAGCCGAAAACGGUGCAUCUCCCAUGGGGGUGGCGUGCGGUGUAAGGUCGCAGCAUGUCCCAACGGGGCCAAGCACGACGGUCUGUGUUGGACGCAUGGUGGGUGGCGAUCGUGCACGGUAGAAGGCUGCGUGAACCGAACGAAGGCUCGUGGAUUGUGCUGGAGCCACGGCGGCGGGAAGCCCUGCCAGACGCCAGCCUGCACCAAAACAGCCCUUCGAUAUGGCCAUUGUUGGGCGCAUGGCGGAGGCAAGCGAUGUGUCGAAGAGGGGUGCAAUCGACCAGGCAUCGAGCGCCAAGACAACAAGUGCCCCCACCAUUUUCGAUUGCAAGCGCAAGGCGAACGUUAA